GGAUUUGGAUGUCAGCCUGCAGCAGUGUCAGAUAGAGAGCUCCGAGAGAUAGUGAGACCUCCCUCUUGCGAGGCGAGCUGGAGUCCGUCAGUGACAUCAUCAGCAGGUGACACCCUUCCCAUGGUGCCCUGCAGCCUCCGGGGUCGCCAUGGGAGACGAGACAUACCCAGAAUGCCGAGCUCAGGAGCUAUUUGAUGAGUUUGUGUUGGCGUCAACCUGCAGGGCGGCACUGUGGACCUUCAGCCAGCUGUGUGAACACCUGCAGCUGGACCGCAGUGCUGCUGAGAGGCCGCUGUACCAACCAAUCAAACGGCGCCUCAACUACUGGAGGGCCAAUGCUCUGUGGGCCAAACUGGACCGAAGGGCCACCCAGCAGGAGUACCAGAGGGCCCGAGUCUGCAGCAACACCACUUGUGUGAUCAUCGGGGCGGGGCCCUGUGGUCUGCGGACGGCGGUGGAGCUGAGCUUUAUGGGAGCUAGAGUGGUGCUGCUGGAGAAGAGAGACUCCUUCUCCAGGAACAACGUGCUCCACCUGUGGCCCUUCACCAUCCACGACCUGCGGGGCCUCGGGGCCAAAAAGUUCUAUGGAAAGUUCUGCGCUGGUUCCAUCGACCACAUCAGUAUCCGUCAGCUGCAACUGGUCCUGCUGAAGGUGGCCUUACUGCUGGGGGUGGAGGUCCAUGUCAACGUGGAGUUCAAGAACCUGGUGGCGCCGCCGGAGGAUCAGUACAGACACAAGGUGGGUUGGAGGAUGGAGGUGAGUCCAAAGGCUCAUCCUGUCAAUCAGCUGGAGUUUGACGUCAUCAUCGGAGCAGACGGACGGAGGAACACACUUCCAGGUUUCAGACGUAAAGAGUUCCGGGGGAAGUUGGCGAUCGCCAUCACUGCGAACUUUAAAAACAGAAACACAUCAGCUGAGGCCAAAGUGGAGGAGAUCAGCGGCGUUGCCUUCAUCUUCAACCAGAGGUUCUUCCAGGAACUGCGACAGGAAACAGGGAUCGACCUGGAAAACAUCGUUUACUACAAAGACGACACGCACUACUUUGUGAUGACGGCCAAGAAACAGAGUCUGCUGGAGAAGAGGGUCAUCAAACAGGACUUUGCGGACACUGAGCUGCUUCUGUCUCGGGGAAAUGUGGACCAGAAUGCAUUGCAGGUCUACGCCCGCGAGGCUGCAGACUUCUCCACCAAUCACCAGUUGCCAUCUCUGGACUUCGCCAUGAAUCACUACGGUCAGCCGGACGUCGCCAUGUUCGACUUCACCUGCAUGUAUGCAUCAGAGAACGCUGCCUUGAUUCGGCAACGCUAUGGUCACCAGCUGCUGGUCACACUGGUGGGAGACAGUCUGCUGGAGCCCUUCUGGCCGAUGGGGACAGGAAUCGCUCGAGGAUUCCUGGCAGCUCUGGAUUCAGCCUGGAUGAUCCGAUCGUGGUCUCAGGGAGGAGCUCCGCUGGACGUCCUCGCAGAGAGAGAGAGUCUGUACCGUCUCCUCCCUCAGACGACACCAGAGAACCUUCAGAAGAACAUCAGUCUGUUUACUGUCGACCCAACGACCAGAUACCUGAACAUCAACCUGCUGCUGGUCACACCUGUACAGGUGAGACACCUGGUGGACACAGGUGAGGAGGCCGGGCUGAACACACACAGUGGUGACAUCACGCGGCUGCAGUCUCCAGGAUUCCGCCCACAAAGUUCCUUGUCUCAGUCCAAUCAGCUGCUCUCCUGGUGUCAGGAGCAGACCCGUGGUUACCGUGGCGUCGCCGUCACCGACCUCACCACUUCCUGGAAGAGCGGCCUCGCACUCUGCGCCCUGAUUCACCGCUUCAGACCUGACCUCAUAGACUUUGACUUGUUGGACGUGUCCUCUGUGGAGGACAACACUCGUCUGGGCUUCGAUGUGGCCGAACGUCAGUUUGGGAUUUCUCCUCUGAUGACGGUGGACGAGAUGGCGUCCUUUGGAGAACCCGACUCUCUGUCCAUGGUGAUGUACCUGAGUCAGUUCUACCAGAUCCUCAAAGACACGCCGCCCCCUGCUGGGACUCUGAGUCAGAGCUCUGACCUGAGAUCAGCUCUCAUCACUCCGGCCUCACUGCUCAGCAGACUGGGACUCAGUCCGUCCAGGAAGAGGAACCCAAAGGAGCAGAAGGACACUGUGGGCAAGCGGAGGAGGACCAGCCGAGUGUGUCGAGAUCAGCAGGAGUCAUGUGACCUGAACCGUGAUGAUGUCAGCCAGGUGUGUGACGAGGCCUUUGUGGGUGGGGUCAGUGGCUCCAGAGUGCGUCUGAUGGCCAAUCAGCUGCAGGCGAAGCUGGACGAGAGCUCUGCCUCCUGCAGGAGUUCUUCUUCUUGUUCUGCUGCAGCGGCGUCUUUAUGUCGACAGUGGAUGAUGGAUGGAUCAAUGAAUGCAUGGAUGAUGAAUGAAUGGAUGAUGGAUGGAUUAUAUGACUGUGUGAACCAGCAGGGGGAGCUGUCGUCCAGCCUUCCUCCAUCAUCACAGUCUGCAGACUGUCAGUCCACCGCUGCUCCGCUACAGACCUCUUCAUGGAGACCGAGGAAACGAACUCUUCAGCAGGAACAGAUGAGUUUUCGGUUCAGAGAGAAGGUCAGGUCUCAGUCCGUCGUCAGCAGGGAUGAGCAGGUGGGCGGCGGCGGCAGCAGUGACAUGUGUUUCUUCUGUCACAGACGAGUGUACCUGAUGGAGCGUCUGAGCGCAGAGAGUUUGUUCUUCCAUCGCAGCUGUUUCCAGUGUUUCCACUGCGGCUCUACGCUGCGCCUGGCGGCGUACGCCUUUGACCAACACAACCGGAGGUUUUACUGUCUGCAGCACUACGACUCUCGACUCAACGCCCCGACUGCCAAGAGGAGGUCAACGCCGUCCGACAGAGGCACCUCACACCGCACAUCAGUCGCGUCUCUGUGUUCAGCCCCGUCAGGCUCCUCUGCAGACUCUCUGAUCUCAGCAGAACGUCGGCGCUCCUCAGUGGUUUCUGUGAUGGCGGCGACACCCGAGAGGAUUGAGCUGGAGAACUACCGCCGCAGCUCGACCAAGGUGGAGGCGGAGCUUCUGGAGGAGCCAGAGGAGGUGUCAGAGGAGACGCUGAACCGCUUCAACCUGAGCAUGGACGAGAAGGUCCGCCACAGAUCCAGUUCAGGGUCGGAGAUGGAGGAAGAGGAGGAGGAAGGCAGCUGUCGACAUCGUGUGACAUCAGAAGAGGCCAAAGCUUCAUGGAGGGAAACUCUGCAGCAACACCUCCACCUGAGGGAGGAGGAGGAGGGGGCAGAGGAGGAGGAUGAUGAAGAAGAAGAAGAAGAAGAAGAAGAAGAAGAAGAGGAGGAAAGCAGUGAGGUGGAGUCCAGUGACGAGGAGGAGUUUCCUCCAGUCGUCUCCUCACCUGCAGGAAGUGACAUCACACAGUGUGACACACCUGUGAAGCCUGACUCCACCUCCGGCCCGCUGCCCUGUGUCACCUCCUCCACACCACCGUAUGAGACUCCGCCAACUGCCAACACGCCGUCCACUGCCUCCUUCUUCACCACGCCUGACUCCACCCCCGACAUAGACAGAGACACAGCUCCACCCACACAGCUCACACCUGUUGUCAUGGAAACUGCUCAGAGACAGCCUGCUGGAGGGCGGGGCUCUUUUGAUGACAUCAACCCUGAAGUGCUACAGACUAGGCCCCGCCUUCUGCAGGCCAGAGGGGCGGGGCCAGGAGAGGAUAAGGAGGUGUCAGAGGAAGAGGGGGCGGGGUCAGAGGAGACACUCUCCCUCCCUCCUCUGCAGGCUGGGGGCGGGGCUCUCCUCCACCAGCUGAAGGGACUCAGAGAGGCUCUGCCCCUCAGACAGAUGGAGGUGGAAGGGGGCGGAGCCAGAGCCCUGUGGAGGACGGUGUUUUCAGGAAACAGGAAGGAGAAGCAGAGGAAGAAGAGAGGCAGGACGUUACCUCCAGGUGCAGGGAGGGUGAAGACAGCCAAUCGGAGGAGAGCUACAGAUGUGACAGAAGAGUCUGAUCUGGUCUCGUCGGCUCUGUUGCAGAGGUGUUCACUGACACCCCGGAACAACAGACGCUCUCAAAAGGACAGAGUCCCGGUCCAGGACUCUGAGAGACGGUCUUCAUGUUCCACCGAGGUGGUGGGGGUCUUGGUCCAGCCGAAGGAGCCAUCUAGUCUCAGCGUGAAGGAGACCAUGUUCCAGAGGGGACAGGAAGACGAAGAGGAAGACCUGGAUACCAAAAUCACCCGACGAGUUCAGAGAGCUGCUCGAAGGAAGGCCAAACAGGAGCAGCUGAAGAGACUCCACAAAGCUCAGAUGAUCCAGAGACAGCUGCAGCAGGUGGAGGAGAAACAGAGACAGCUGGAGGAGAGAGGAGUGAUGGUGGAGAAGGCUCUGAGAGGAGAAGCAGAUUACUGGGGCGACUCCAACGACAACCAGGACGUCGAGCUUCACCUGGAAGGACUGGGUAAACUGGACAAUCCGGCUCUGAUGCAGCAGUGGUUCCAGUUGAUCCAGCAGAAGAACUCUCUGAUCCGAUACGAAUCUGAACUCAUGAUAUUUGCUCGAGAGUUGGAGUUGGAGGACCGACAGAGUCGUCUGCAGCAGGAGCUCAGAGAGCGUAUGGCCGUGGACGACCACCUGAAGGAGGAGUGGCAGCUGCUGGAGGAGCGCCUGAUCCUGGAGGAGAUGUUGGAGGUGGUGGAGCAGAGAGACUCUCUGGUGUCUCUGCUGGAGGAACAGAGACUACAGGAGCGACAGGAGGACCAGGACCUGGAGGAGGUCAUGAUGACCCGAGGACUGGGACUUAGCUGGACCUGAACUGGUCUGCAGUGAUGUCAUCAGAACCACAAAUCUGAUGACAUCACUGUAACCAGGAAAACUACGCCAACGGGUGUAGAAGAACUUUAGUCCCAAUCUGAACUGGACUCUAAAGAACUGACCAAACCAGAUGGAAAUAAAUUCAGUGAACGGAUCUGAGACCUGAAGACAGUCUGAGAGAGGAGGAGACAACCUGCAGACUCAGGUGGACUCAUCUUCAGCCUGAAGUCUUCAGCCCAAACCUUUUUCCUUGUCUUCUUCUUCUUCUUCUUCUUCUUACUGGAACGUGUCAUGGUUACCAUGUUCUCAUGAAUCAGUCAGAGUGUCUCACAGCGGGUACAGAACUUUCUCAGGACAUGUUUUGUUGACUCAGCAGAACUGAACUAGAACAACACACAGGAAGUGACUUCAUUCAUGAGCCAACAGCAGACAGUUUGACUAGUUCAUGUGAUCAUCUCAUUAAUGAUCAGUUCAUGAAGGAUUCUGUUAACGAGCAGUUGUUGUGAUGGAGUGAAUAAGUGAAUGACUCUUCUGUUAAUCCAAUACACAUAAAGUUGUGAAUGUGACGUUAGCUGCUAAGCUAACCUGUAACAUGCUAGCUAACUGGAAAUAUGCUAUUGCUAGUCCACCAAGCUAGCUAGCUCACUAACAGCCAGUUAGCGCUGCAUCACAGUCUCGUCUCCACCACAGCCAAGUGUCGACUAAAUACAGACACAAAAAGUUAAGUACUUUAACUACUUACAUCAGUCAUUACUUUUUUAACUAGUUAAUUUGUGUGUUUAACUAGUUAAUGAGUAAAUUAAUUAGUUACAGUUGAGGCCAUAAAUUUAAAUUUACCUCGGCUGAAGAAAUUCAAACUUAAUAUUUCACAUCUUUAUAUUCUUCAUGUCACCAUGUUGUUUUUCUCUGGUGAAGUUUGUAUCUACUUUAUUUUCAUCAGAGAUUAUUUCAAAAUCAGAGACAAGAUAAAAAUGUAUUUCAGCUUUUAUUUACUGAGACAGAUUUUCAGUGGGUGAAAAGUUUGAAUACACUGUUAGUAUUUUAUCACAUUGCCUUUCAGCUCCUUCACAGCUCCUUUGGUCGUGUCUCAGGGUUCAGUUGAACCUUUUGGGUCGAGGUUCGUUCAGUCCUUGGGGAAAUUUUUCUCUAUCUUCCUCAGCGAUUCAGCCUCUGUGUGGUUCAGACUCUUGGAAACUGCUCCUAGAGAUGAACCAGACUUCUGAAGGACCACAGUUCUUUUUGCUUGGAGUUUGCAUGUUCUUCCUGUGUCAGUGUGGGUUUCCUCCAGGUGCUCUG